AAAAUAUAUCAAAUCCGUACCGAAAAGACCGAAAUGAGCUAGGUGAGACCAAAAAAGAAUAAACUUUUGUGAUGAUGAUGAAAUUUAAACUUUUUAUUAUUAAUAGUUUCAUGUGGGAUUCAUCAUUUCCUAUAUUUUAAUUCAUGAUAUACUGAGGCAGAUAACUUCAAGAAUACAAGUAUAUAUUCAAAUAGUUGUAUCAUUCGCUCUCUUCUUCCCACCUGAAAACCAAUGGAACCCAUCAAAAAAUCUCCACAUAUCUUCUACCUUCUCCUCAUCCUGAUCAUCCCAAAUUGCCACUCAGAACCAGACCACAACGCCUUAGUCUACCACUACUGCACCAAUAACAACCAACCACCCACAUCAACAUCAAUGUCCGAAACCCUCUCAUCUCUCUUCGAAGCCCUCAUCAAGCAGUCCACAAACUCCACCUUCCACAGACAAACCACCGCCCAGACCGGCAUCCCGAUUUCGGCCGAGUACCAGUGCAGAGGGGACAUGAGUUUAAUGGGCUGCAAAAGCUGCGUAACUCAGCUAGGCAUUUUGUCGAACAGGUUGUGUGCAGGAGCGAAAACAGGGCGUGUACAGUUGAAAGGCUGCUAUGUGCGGUAUGAGACGGAUGGAGAGGAAGAGAAGGAGGAGUAUGGGGAGUUGGUGCAUAAGGAGUGUGGAGAAAGAAAGGUGGGCGGCGGCGGUGGUGGAUAUGAGGCGGCGGCGCUGUGGGAAGUGGAAGAGGGGAUUUUGAGGAGUGGGAUUGGGUAUUUUGAGGGGAGGAAUGAGGGAGUGAGGGUGGUGGCGCAGUGUGAAGGAGCGUUGUUGGGAUUGGGGUGUGAUUGUGCGGAGUGUGUGAGUCGUGCCGUGGAGGUGCUGCGCCAGGACUGCCGUGGAAGCCUUGAUGGGAGUGUUUAUUUGGAUGGAUGCUAUGUUACCUAUUACACCUACCAUCUACUAGGUGACGAGAAGAAUGGUUCAAGUGGAAAGUCGGUAGCAAUUGUGUUGGGUGGUGCAGCAACUCUUGGAUUGGGGUUUAUCUUUAUUCUAUUGAUAUUCCGCAAGACUUGCGGAAAAAAAGACGAUGAUUAAUUGAUACUGGUUCAAAAUAUAAAUUUUCUUUUAAAGGAUAAAUGAUAAAAAAAAUAUUUAAAAAUAUAGUAAAAUUUGGUAACCUACCUACCAAAUCAAUGUCUAUGAUCAUAUACUAAUUAUAGAUUAUAGUAGUCUA